UGCACGAAAUUUGAACAAUGCGUUACCCGUCAAAUAACCGGUGUGCAUCUUUUCCAUUCUAGCUUUGUUGAGUGGCUUUUACAAAGUAUUUCAAUAGGCUUUAAACAACUAUUAUGCAAACCCGGUCAACAAAAGGUGAUAAUUCCAAAAUUAACCGAAAACUUCACAGUCAUUUGUAAACAUAUUAGCAAAUUUUCAUGAAUAAGCCUAGAAGAUACCACCUGUGUUACUACAAUACUCAAAGUGGGGCACAAAGUUUUGUGCAUAAUGCUCAAUGAACCAGCUUCCCCUUAUGCAUUUUGUAAAGAUUUGCAAAAUUUGAUCAUUGUAACGCAAGAACAUAUCAUCUCUCCACUUCGCAAAGAGUUAAAACGAAGUAAUGAACAUUCGGAAAUUCUGUCGCUUGAAAUACAGGAUGCUGAAAAUAAAACUUUUGAAUACUUAGCUCAACAAAUUUCAGCAAUUUGUAACGCUGAUGAAGAUACCGCAAAUGCUAUACUCCGUGAAUAUCCAAAAUCAGAAGUUUGUUUCAGGUGUCUUGGAAUCAAUGAAGAUACAAUACAGGGUCUUCUACGGAUCCGUGGUAUCGGAUUUCUACAAUUAUUGGAUAUGCCUGAUAGUGAAGUGAGAACAAUUUUACAAAAUUACGGAGACUACGGUGAAGAAGUUGAUCAUGUACUUGCAGGUCUUGCAAAAAUACGUGGAAAUAUCGAUCUCAUUGAAAGUGAUUUAGCUUUUGAAGAUGAUACUAGAAAUCUUAUUAAAUUAAUUAUGCGUUUAUCUGAGGAAGAUUCUCAAGUUGGUGGAUUAACCAGCGUCUUGAAUUCUCAAGUAUAUGAAGAACGAAAAGAUUCACGCAUACCUCCUCUAUACGUUACUGGACCGGAAGAUUCUCCCUUCGUAAACAAAGAGACACCUGUACAGAAUCUGCCCUACAAAAGUACAAAGGUAGUUGUCUCUUCCCAUUCAGAACACAAUACAUCUUGUAGAAGCCUUAUUGGCCAUUCGAAUUCAGAUAAUGUGACUACAUUCAGAGUUGCAUAUGAUAAUUGCAAUGGUUGUAUUUCAUUUAACUCUCCUCACGCCUCCAGUUGUAUUACAAUAAAUCAUACACAAAAUACUUCAAAUAAAAACCAUUCCGGUAAAAUGUCAAGAAGUGAUUUCAAGGCAUUUAAUCUAUUCCCAGGUAUAUCUGAUUCAAAUAUUCCUUCAGAGGUGGAUAUACACAACGGUGGUCUUUCAGUACCUACUACUCCUAUCUCAUCUAAAAUUUCUUCUUCAACUGUUUUAACACCAUCUAGUCGUUUUAAAGCGGGUCGUUAUACUCUGCCAAAUGAAGCAAUUCCACUUUCACCUAUAUCACGUCGAGCAGGUAUCCCUUCAUAUCGUGAUCGUGAACAUCAUUCUCGACAGUCUGGGACUCCUCCACCAAAGCAUCGUUUAAAAUUUUCCUCCCCCCUACAUCGUAGUAAAUCUCAUGAAUCUAAUCUUGCUAAUCGUAUUAUUUUAUCUGCUCUGUCGAGUGCAACACUACCACAUCCAGAAACAUGCAUUAAUAGACCUCAAGUAUUAUUAUGCAAUGCUAUUUCUCCUGAUGCUUCUAGCGCUGUACAUACUGACUGUUUCAAUUAUCCUGAGUGUGUAAAUAACAAUCGACCUUCUUUAGGUACUGUUCAAUACAAUGCAUGUAGUGUCAGUGAUAAUAUAUCAGGAAGCAACAGGACAGUUUAUCAUAAUAGUUCUCUCACUGAUAGUACUACAACAUUAGUUACUAAUUCACGGAGUCAUGAUCAAGGUCGACGUGUAUCUUGUGAAUAUCGUCCAUCGAAGACCAAUGUACAACCCCUUAUGACGACAUCAGCUGACAGUGAUAAUUCACUUGGUGUACUUAAUGUACCCAGUAACUCAGGUGGAACAACAUUUGUUCUCACUGCUAGUGGAUUUAUGCAUAAGUUUGAAUUAGAAUCAAAAUUCGGUGAUUUUGUUAAAGGUACUCCAUGUGCUGUUUGCAAUAAUAGAAUGCGAUUUCGUCUACAGCAUUGUGUUUAUUGCAAAAUUAAAGUGCACAAAAGUUGUGUUUCACAUUCAAGACGACUUCCGUGUAUAGGAUCUGGUGGUCAGAAUAAUGAUUUACAUGAAUUAAAAGGUUCACCGAAUGUGCCUCAUCGACUACACGCGAAUGUGUUAACAACUAGUCAAACAAAUCUCCGUCCUGCACAUUCCACUCCUGCAUUUCAAAGUUCUGAUUCAAAUAGUGCCUCAUCGUGUACAAGUUCAACUCCAGGUUCACCAUUUGUUACAGGUGCUUCUUCGCUAAUGAAUACUACAACAUUGGCUACAUCAUGUUGUACACGGUUAGAUAGUUCUACUAGUGGAGGAGGCGGAGGAGGUAUCGGUGGUAGUAUUGGUCAGAUAGUAGUCUCAUUAGGCUCACCUCCACCAAGAAAUUUAGGCAAUACAUGUAUGCUGAAUCAUUCAACAACAAGUCAUUUAUCAUCACCAGUCAGUAUACACUCGUAUGGGACAACAGCUAGUGGAGUUGUCAAUAAUAAUACACAACAACCCCAUUCUCCUCGACAUUCCGGUUCUUGUUUUAAUCAUUUUGAAUUUCCUAGUAUCAAUCAUCCUAUUGUAGAUAAUCAUUUAAUAUCGAAUAAUCAAUUAUCAGAUGGAAAUACAGAUAAUAACGCUUUAACUAGCACUGUAUCCUCCGGUGAAAGUGAACGAACUGUUGUCGAUAAUGCAGUACGUCGAUUUGAGUCAAUGGAUAGUCAAGACGAAUCAUCUUUAAUGCGAACAAAUAGUAUAUCUGUUACACUAAAAGAAUGGGAUAUACCAAUGGAGAAUUUAUUCAUCGGUGAAAUUAUUGGACGUGGUACAUUUGGCACUGUAUAUCGCGGGAAAUGGCACGGUGAAGUGGCUAUUAAACGUAUAGAUUUUGAUCCAGAAGAUGCAGAUGAUUCAAUACGCGUUGAAGCAUUUAAACGUGAAGUUGCCCUAUUGCAUAAAACACGUCAUGAAAAUUUAGUUUUAUUUAUGGGUGCUUGUAUGAAAGCACCUGAUCUAGCUAUUGUUACACAACUGAGUAGGGGUGAAACACUAUAUCACCUGAUUCAUGAUCGAGACAAUGUUAUGCCAAUCAAUCGUACAAUUAGUAUUGCUAGUCAAAUAGCUAAAGGUAUGGGUUAUUUGCACGCCAAGGGAAUUGUACACCGGGAUUUAAAAACGCGUAAUAUAUUUUUAGAAGAUAAUUCACGUGUUGUUAUCGGAGAUUUUGGUGUCUUCAAUUUUGUACGUUUGUGUAAAAAAGCUAAAUGGGGGAAUUAUUUAAAUGUACCACCAUUUUGGUUAUGUUAUGUAGCUCCAGAGAUUAUCCAUGCUUUAAAUAUUGGUUAUGUAUUAGCGACGACUACAAAUGAAUUACCAUUGACUACAUAUUCAGAUGUAUUUGCUUUUGGUACUGUAUGGUAUGAAUUAUUGACUAAUGAAUAUCCUUUCAAAGGAUUACCUGCAGAAGCCGUCACCUAUCUUGUAGGACAUGGAGUAAAACAGAAUUUACGUAUUCAAUGCCCUAAAGAUUUUAAGGAAAUUCUUGUCCAAUGCUGGGCAUACAAUCCAUCUAGACGACCAGAGUUUACAACUUUAGUGAAGCUGUUAGAUCGUCUACCGAAACUGCAUCGUAGUCCAUCUUAUCCAGCUAAACCGUAUACUGGUGUAGCCUCAGGUUCACAUGGUAGCCUUCUUGCUUAAAAAAUGGGGGAAAAAACAAACAACCCAUACACAUUCUAGGCUUUCUUUUACACUUUUCUUUUCUCUCCUAUCAACAUUUAUUCUCUCUCUCUCUCCCUCUUGUGUUUGAACCAAGAGGAAUAUUAGUUGAAACACCGAUACACACACACAACUGCGUUCUGAUACUCCAUGAUGAAAAGAAAUAAAUUACUGGAUGGAUAGCAGCAAUACAACAACAGAUUGAUGAAAAGGCUUCUUCGAGGAUUAUUUCAUUACUCAAUAGUAGCUUCAUCUCACCAUGUAUAUUUACACACACACACAUACCUACUCACGGACAAACAUGGAAGCAUUUGGAAAAUACUUCUUUUAUAAUCAGGUGAUAAGCCUUCUACCUGCCUACUCGCACACCCACACAUAAACACACACACACACAUACUCGGAUGAAAACAAAUUUAAUACAUGUCUUUGAUAUGCUUUACUGUGAAUGAUUUUACUUCUGGUGAUGUAAUGUGAAUUGACUUUUUGUCGCAAUUAUCGGCUAUUUUCUAUGCACACAUACACACCACGAGUAUGUGUAUGUACAAAAGAGAGAGAGAGAUAGACAAUGGUAGAUAAACCAGUCAGUAUUUAUGUUGUUGUUUUUUUGCCUUUCUACUACAAAGUAGUAUAAAAAUCAAUAAAUCAAUGGAUUGUGAUCAUCACCAUAAUCGAAUGGAAAGAAAGAUAUAUACAAGAUUGUGGGGGUGGGGUGGGGGAGAAUAAAUGAGAUAAUGAUACCGUCAGUCAUCCAAAAAAGAAGUUGAUUUCAAUUUUUAGCAGAGUAAACAAACUUUUUUUCUCUCAACAUAAUCAUGUGUAAAGUGUUUGUUGUGUGUGUGUGUGUGUGUGUGCGAGUGAGUACUUCUGUGUAUUUUUAGGGUUUCUUUAAUGUCUAUCAUUACGCUGACGAAUAAUAAGAAUCUGAACAAUGACUAUUCAAUAUAUAUAUAUAUAUAUGCACCAUAAUCCGAUGGGAAGGUGCAGUGGUUGGUGGUUGUGCGCGCGCUCGCAUACACUCUAUAGCAUAUCGUACAAUAUAAAAAUGAUAAACAAUUAAGUUUUAAUCGACGAAAAAAGAAAACACACUUGUACACAUCUGAAUCUUUCUUUUUUUAUUCUUUUAAACAACACAAUAACGACGAAGAUGUUGAUAAUGGUGAUGAAAUGAACAUUUCCUCUAAUUUUUCCGUUGAUAUUCCAUCCCCUCUCGGUCGACUUCUUUUUUUCUCCGUUUCCCUUUGUCUCAUAUCUUUUGUACACCUUGAUCAGUAUGUAUGUAUGGUGUAUGUAUACAGAGUUUAACUGACUUCCUUAUUCGUGAUAUUACUAUUAUUACUCCUCCUAAUUGUGAUGUGAAAACAGCAAUGAUAAUAAUGAUUUGAAUGACAGAUACUGUCCAAAUCAAUAAUUUGUUUUGUUGUCUUUUUUGUAUAAUAUUUUACUAUUUUAUUUCUUCUAUAUUUGUCUUAAUAGAAUAUGAGAGCUGCCAAAAAAAAUAAAACUGUAAAUUAUUCAAUUAUAUGCACACAAACACAUA